UCGUGUUCCUGUCUGAUGUUAGUAAGAUCUCCCCUCUGUCCGUUCCAGAUGUUAGUAAGAUCUCCCCUCUGUCCGGUCCAGAUGCCCCACAACGUCUCAGAGCAGCAGCCUGACAGGCCCCACUGUCCAGAGCCCCAGGCCCUACAGGAGGACAGCAACAGCACACCUCAGCCUGAACCAACACAGAACAACGCCUCGUUCCCCAGCUUCGUGGAUGUCCCAGGUCCGUGUGAGCCCGAGGACCUGAUCGAUGGCAUCAUCUUCGCUGCUAACUACCUGGGUUCCACCCAGCUGCUGUCUGACAAGAACCCGUCUAAAGGAACACGCAUGGCCCAGGCGCAGGAGGCUGUCAGCCAGGUCAAGAGCCAAGAUGGAGACUCUCAGACGGUGACAGAAGUGGACCUCUUCAUCUCCACCAAGGCAGUCAAAGUGGUGAACGCCGACUCACAGGAGACGCUGAUGGACACUGCGUUGCGUUCCAUAUCCUACAUCGCAGACAUCGGGAGCAUCGUGGUUCUGAUGGCUCGUACCCGUAUGGCAGGAACAUCCUCGCAGGACUGUAGUGAAGCUGACCUCUCCUCCUCAGAGGGACAGAGGCGGUACAGAAUGAUCUGCUAUGUCUUUGAGUCAGAGGACGCCCAGCUCAUUGCCCAGUCCAUCGGCCAGGCGUUCAGCGUUGCCUACAGGGAAUUCCUCCGAGCCAAUGGGAUCAACCCUAAGGACCUGAGUCAGAAACAAUACAGUGACAUCAUCAAUUCCCAGGAGAUGUACAACGACGACCUGGUCCAUUUCUCAAACUCUGACAACUGUAAAGAGCUGGAGUUGGAGAAGCAGAAGGGAGAGAGCCUAGGUGUGGUGAUAGUGGAGUCUGGCUGGGGCUCCAUCCUGCCAACAGUUAUCCUAGCUAACAUGUUGAACAGCGGCCCGGCUGCCCGCUCUGGGAAACUCAGCGUCGGGGACCAGAUCAUGUCCAUUAACAACACCAGCCUGGUGGGCCUGCCGUUAGCUACCUGCCAGGGCAUCAUCAAGGGUCUGAAGAGCCAGGUUCAGGUGAAGCUGAGCAUCGUGAGUUGUCCUCCUGUCACCACCGUCCUCAUCAAGAGACCUGACCUCAAGUUCCAGCUGGGCUUCAGUGUUCAGAACGGCAUCAUCUGCAGUCUGAUGCGUGGAGGUAUCGCGGAGCGAGGAGGGGUGCGAGUCGGCCACAGGAUCAUUGAGAUCAAUGGGCAGAGUGUGGUUGCCAUGCCGCAUGAGAAGAUAGUCCAGACCUUGUCUGUAUCAGUGGGAGAGAUCAACAUGAAGACCAUGCCUGCAGUGAUGUUCAGACUGUUAACAGGGCAGGAGAUUCCCGUCUACAUUUAGUCUCUCCAUGUCAGAGUUCUAAAUUGCACCCUAUUCCCUAUGUAGUGCACUACUUUAGACCAGUACCAAUAGGGUUCUGGUCAAAAGUAGUGCACAAUGUAGGGAAUAGGGUGCAACUUGGUACGCACCCUUUAUCUGCAUCUCUUUCUGUGUACUCGCUCACUGCUUCUGCAUGUCUAGGAGAAUUUGAACAGACGGGGUGGUUGACAGGCAGUGGAGCCAUUAAAAUGAGCCCGUCCUCCGAUUUACAGUGACACCAGCCUCCACUGGUGCCAGGGUGAUACAUUAGCAGCGUGUAUUUUUCUAUCACAUUAUCUUCCUGUUACUGACAGGGAUUACCCAUUCUCAACGUCAGGCUUCUUCUCCAGAUCAUUGAAGAGCUACGCAGUCAUAAUGGGUUGAAAUGUACAUAACAUAAGCUGUCCGUGGUGUGUGUGUGUGUGUGUGUGUGUGUGUGUGUGUGUGUGUGUGUGUGUGUGUGUGUGUGUGUGUGUGU